AUGACUCCGACUGUGGAGUUGGCGGACUAUAUACUGUCUGAGGAAUUGAGUAAGAAAGCGAAGGAGAAUGUUAAUUUAAGUUGUCAGCUAACUGCCCAAGGUUUGAAGGAAAAGGAACUUAAAAAACAUUGUGAUGAUUUAAAGAAGGAGAAGGAAGACAUGCUUCAGAUACUAAAGUCUAACGAAAAAAUCAUCAAGGAGAAUAAAGAGGAAUUGAGUAAAGUUGCUUAUCAGGAGAGAGCUAUGCUUUCUACACUAAGUAACAAGGAAAAGGCCAUCAACGAACUUAAUGAGGCCUUGAAGAAGCACGAGGUGGAGAAAGCUAAUUUGCUUGAACAAGCUGCCGCAGCCCAAGAUUUGAAAGAUAAGAGCAUCAAGGAACUCAAUAAACAUUGUGAUGAUUUAAAGAAGGAGAAGGAAGACAUGUUUGAGAAACUAGAAUCUAAGGAAAAGAUGAUCAAGAAGAAUAAAGAGGAAUAUUUGUCUAAACUUCAUGAGGUUUUAGAGAAUCACAAGCAGGAGAAUACUUAUUUAAUUGAAGAACUAGCUGCCAAAGAUAAGAUCCUCAAGGAAGGUGAAGAGAUGUUACCCAAGAUAAUCCAAGGCUCCCCACUACAAUGGGUGCAUGACUCGAUUCCUAAAUGCAUGCAGACUUGUCUAGCUCCUAAAGGUUCAAUAACCGGGGAUGAACUAGGCACGUUCAUGGGAAGUCUUGUGACGACGACAGCCUAUAAUGUCACUUACUCCAACAGUGACUUGAAGGCAUUUUUGUUUUGGAAUUCACUAGCAAACUUGAUUGGUUCAAUGUUCGGCCAGAUAUGCAACAACAUAGUCACACAGAUGUCUCAAACAGAUAUGAAAAAAGAGGGGGCUAAGAAGAUAUUUAAGAUUAUUGGGAAAUCAGUCUUUUGGAUCCUUUUGGGAGGACUGAUUCCCAUGUUAGCUGGAGGCUUUAUAAAGAAGUAUUGGAAGAGGUUGGUUGUUACUGCAGCUACGGCGUUGGUCGUGAAGUGCGGAUCCGCAACGUUGUGGAAACUGUCCUAUCAGAUCCCCACGUGGCAACCAGUGCUCAUUGUUAUACUUGGCAUCAUUGGAAUUGGCAUAGCUGCUGGAAUUCCACAUCUUGUCAAGGUUGCAUCUGAAAAAAAGUAGAAGCUUUGUUGGGUUUCAAGGCGCUCUGAUCCAGGUUUUAGAACAGGGUUUGAGAAUACUACUCAGGAUUUUAGCCGCUUGGUUUCAUCAAUUUACUCUUCGUUUUGGGUUUCCUUUCUGGAUCAUGGAUAAUUUAAGUUUUUUU